AUGGAAACACACAUCACCUGCACAGCCGAAGGCUCUGGCACUAGCACGCCUCCGUCGGGGCAACCACGCGGCGGGUUCACUCGCAGCUGCACUACCUGUCGGUCCCGCAAGGUCAAGUGUGAUAAACAACAGCCGUGCGCGCAGUGUGUCCGCUCCGGAGUGGACUGUGUCUAUCCUCCGGGCCCCGGCCGGGCGCCGAAGCGGCCACGGAAAGAGCGCGAUGUGCAGCUACUGAAUCGGCUCUCGCGGCUCGAAAGCAUUAUUAAGGCCCUUGACAAAGACAACAAUAGCCGGUCUAAUCCUCCGCGUGAGUCUGCUGAGGGCACGGAUCAUGUGCGCGUUCAGGACCGCACAGGCUCCGAGUCGGAGCGGUCGAGGUCCGAGUCGCCGCCCAUCGACAAGCAGUUGGGACGCCUCAUGAUCGCCGACUCUCGGAGCUACUAUGUCAGCAGUGUUCUAUGGGCCAACUUGAGCGAUGAGAUCGAGGAGCUCCGCGACCUGCUACAUCAGCCUACGUCUGAUGACGAGACACCCAUGUCUACAAAGAGUCCAGCUGCAGACUCGUCAUCCCUUGAAAUUGGCUCAAAUGCUAUGCUCCUAGGCUUUCGAUCGCUCGCCCAGUCCCUCAAUGAGUUCCAUCCACAGAUAUCGGUUUCAGUAGCACUUCUCGAGGUAUUCAAGCAGAACGUCGCUCCGUUGGUCCGCAUCUUCCACAUCCCAACUCUCAUCAAACUCUACUGGGAUGCUGUUUCUUCGUUGGACUCGCCCGACAAGAACACUGAAGCUCUACUGUUUACCAUCUACUACUCUGCCAUCAUUAGCAUGGACUCGGAGCAAUGCGUCUCCAUCUUGGGUGUCGACAGGCCGACAGCUCUCGAGCGAUACCUCUUCGCCACGCAGCAAGCCUUGGCCCGUGCAGACCUCUUGAAUACCGAGAACUUGGUUCUCCUCCAGGCUGCAGUCCUGUUCUUGUCAGCCCUGCGUAAUGAAGACGACUCCCGGCGAGUCUGGUCCCUGACUGCCCUGGUCUACCACAUCGCUCAGGCAAUGGGUCUCCACCGAGACGGUCCGGCGUUCGGCCUCGGACCUUUCGAGACUGAGCUUCGUCGACGGCUUUGGUGGCACAUAUGCCUGCUCGACAACCGCUCCUCAGACUAUCAUGGAUGCGAGCCAAUCGUGCAUGAGUCUCUUUUUGAUACAAAGAUACCCUUGAACAUCAACGACAGCGAUAUCACGCCCGAGAUGACUGAGCCGCCUCCGGAGCGAGAAGGCGCGACAGAGAUGACGUUCUGCCUCAUCCGAUUCCACUCCAUGCGCGUCAUGUGGAAAAUUGGCAACAUUCCACCCAGCAAGGAAGCGGCCUCGGACCAAAGGCUGGAUGGUCAGAAGCACGCUCUGACCCUGGAAGAUUGUGAGGCGUUGGUUGAUGGCCUCAACCAAAAGCUGCAGGACCAAUUCAUCCGGCAUUGCGACCUCUCUAUACCCUUCUACCUCGUCUCCGUGACUGUUGCACGCCUCAUAAUUGCCCGCUCGUGGCUGAUGGUGCACUACCCGAGAAGCCGAAAGGACUGCCUCGAGGCGAUAUCGUCCGAGACCCUUCGAGACAAGCUCUUCCUCACCUCGGUGCAGGUCCUCGAGAUGUCGAGCUUCCUCAUGACGAACAAAGACCUCCGCCGGUGGAGAUGGCACUCACAGACGCACUUCCAGUGGCAUGCCUUGGCCUUCGUGUUGCUGGAGAUAUGUCGUCGGCCGCCGUCGCCAGACUGCGACCGCGCCUGGGCCUACGUCAGCACCGUCUACAGCCAGUGGAAUAUGAGAGAGAGCCACAAGAAAUACGCGUUCUGGCGACCUGUUCAGCGCCUGAUGGCCAAGGCCCAAUAUGUGCGAGAGAUUCAGUCGUCGACAAUGGCAUCGCUCGCUUCCUACAGCCAGACGGCUGGCGGCCAAAGCGAUGCUCAACCCUCAGGCCUUAAUGCCACACUGUGGCCUGGUUCGAUUCAGGAUCCAGGCGCUCCUGGCACUGGCAACGCACUUCAACCACCCGCGGAUGGCGAUUCCGUUCUUACUGGGGCGAGCCCUUUAUCGGGGGAUGGAAAAGAUCAAAGCUUGUACUCGCUGAUGGAAUUGGACUCUUUAAUAGACAUGUUUCCCGAGACCGAAGGGCAGAAUUUCGUCUCUCUUACAGGCCAGGAUGGAGUGCUUGGAUCAGUAUGA